AUGAAACCUAUAUUCGUUGCCUUAUAUCUGAUACUUCAUCUAUAAUUGGUAAUUAAUAUACCUUGUGAAUGUGCUCAUAUAAAGGAGGAAUAAUAGUGUAAUAAUUCUCAAAAAUGUUUGUGGAACGUUAUGGUAGAAAAAUGUAUAUACCAGAAAAAUAUUGGAUAUAAUAAUGAGAUGACAUCAUAUUGUUCAUAAUUUAUAGAAGAAGAGUGCAUUUUAAGCAAAAGAUGUGCAUUUCACUUAGGUAAAUGCUAAGACUUUACAAAAUGCGACAGCUUAUUAAAGGAUAAAUGUUCAUAAUCAUCAAUUUGGUGUAUUUCAAAUGGAUAAAGUUGUAUUCCUAAAAGUGAAUGUUAAGAAUAUUAUAAUAGAGAGGCUUGUCAAAACAAGAACAUCCAUGGUAAAUAUUGUGUUUGGAAAACAACAAAUAAUUAAUAAUAGAGAUGUUAGGAUAUUGAAAGCUGUGAAGAUUUGCCUUUAUCAUUACUUACUGAUAAUGAAUGUAGAGAAUAACUUCACUAUUGUACAACUUCAAUUUAAGGUGGAUGUAUUAGAUAAAAAGAUAAUUGCUAUGAGUAUGUAUUCCAAGAAUAAUGUUAUCUAAUUAGCCUUAAUAUUAAAUGUUUCUGGGAAGAAGAGUCACAAUAAUGUUUAGAAAAAAAGUGUUCAAACAAACUUUUAAGAACCCAUGAACAAUGUUCAUAAUUUUUGCCUAAUUGUACAACUAAUGGGAUACAUUGUAUUGAAAGAUUGUCAUGUCAUUUAUACCAAUUUUAAUCAGGAUGUAUAAGAGAUAAUUAAGGAAUGACUUGUGUUUAUUAUUAAGGGAGGUGCUAUUCUAAAACUUGCGAUCAAGCACCAUAUACGGUGAAAUCAAUGAUUUAAUGUUAAUUGUUUCAAAGUGAAAGUUAGGAAUGUGUUCCAAAAAGAAAUGGUGGAUGCAUGAAUAAACCAAAUUUAUGUAAUUAAUUAGAAACAUAAGAUGCUUGCUAAAUAGUUACAUAAAAUGAUGGUGAUCUUUGUUUUUGGAUUAAUUAACAAUCUAUAUGCAAAGUAAAAGAGUGUGUUGAUGCUCCUCUAAACUUUGAUCAUGAUUAAUGUAUAAGUUGGCUUCAUGACUAUGAAUGUAUUGGUUCUUUGGGGAAUGGUUGUAUCUAGAAUGUUGAAAAUUGUAAUUAAAUAAAGAAUUUGAAAAGUUGUGUUAAAAAUAAAAAUAAAAAGAAAUGCGUCAUAGAAAAUGGUGAAUGUGUUGAAGAGGAAUGUUUUAAUUUUAAAUAUCCCCUAUAUGAUUCUCAUUAAAAAUGUUAAGAUAGGAUGAGUCUUUGCAUUUAUAAUUAUUUGAAUAAGAGCUGUGUCAAUAAAGAAUGCUAAAACUUAUCUGAAAAAGACUGCAAUUAUGAUUUUAAUUUCAAUAAAUGUUUCCUUCCAUCUGGUUGUGCACAUAAAAGAUGCGAAUUAGCUUAAUUAUCAAAAAAUUCAUAUGAAGAUUGUCAAAAUUGGGAUGUUAGAUGCACCAUAAAUAUAGUUGUAAUAAAUAAUGAGUAAUUCAUCUAUGGAUGUAUAACAUAAUAUCUAGAUUGUAAUCAAUAUAAGUAUUAAUAACAAUGUAGAUCAACCUUACAAGGAAUACAAUGUUAUUGGAAUUUAGAAAAAUCGGAAUGUGAGUUCUAGACGUGUAAUAAUGCUCCCAUCUCAUUCAAUACAAUAAAUUAAUGUUAAGAAUGGGUUAAGUAUCAUAAUUAGAAAUGUGUCAAUAAAUAGAAUGGUGGAUGCAUAGAGCAAUUUCCAUUAUGUGAAUAAUUAACUGAAGAGUUACAAUGUAAUAUUGGUUCAUUAAAUAGUUUAUGUUAUUGGAAUACAUAAAUGAAUUAUUGUGAAAAAAGAACUUGCAUGAAUGCAAGUAUAACAAUUAAUACUAAUUUGUAAUGUAGGUAAUGGCUAUCAUCUUGUAAAUUAAAUUAAUCUGGAUCUGGAUGCGAAAUUGACUCUGGUCUCUAUGAUUUAUGUACUGAUGCACCAGAAACAGAUCAGUUUAACACCCAUGAAGAAUGCUAAGCUUGGAAUCCGAAAUGCACUUUAAAAUUUGGUUCUACAUGUGCUAAUAAAUUAGAAUGCUAAAACUAUUUAUCAGAAAAAGAAUGCAAAAUUGAUAUUAAUAAUCAACCUUGUAAAUGGAAUGUAAAUUCAUGUAUUUCUAUAAAAUGUAGUGAUUAUCCAGGUACUCCACUUGAAUAUAAGGAUUGCUUUUUAUUUUCUAAUAUCUGUACAAUUUCAACUUAAAUGGUGGAGUGCAGAACAAAACAACCUAAUUGCAGUAGCUAUCUUAUUAGAGAAGAUUGCAAUGUUAAUUUAGAUGGGGAUAAAUGUUCAACAAUUGGCUCUACUUGUGUUGAAGUAAAAAAUUAACCGAGUUCUCUAAGUCAUAAUUGUAAUUAUGAGGACCUUUCAAAGGGAUUUUUAUAUCAAUAUUAUGCAAAAAUGUGUAUCGAGUCACCUCAAAGUUGUAAUUCACUUACUGAAAAUGAUUGCUAAUAGUUAACAACAAGAAAUAAUGAACUCUGCUCCUGGGAUGGUACUCAAUGUCUCAUGAUAACGUCAAACUCUUAAGUAGACUGUAGGAAUUAGAUUGUAUUAUUUUAUAAUUUUAAUUUAGAGCCUUACUUAAGUAGAAUGUAAGAAUUACUCAAAUAUCUGUGAAUUAGAUUUUAUCUAAUUUGCACGUUGUACAUAUUCCACAUGUGGAAGUGUUUAAGAACAUCAAUGCAAUUUUAUUACAUUAAAUAGGAAUGUGUAAUGCACUUGGAAUUCUUAGACUUGUCAAGUUAGAACAUGUUUUAACAUGAAUGAAGAAUUCACAUCUACUUAUUAAUGCAUUUUGUGGUUAGAUUCUUGUACAUACGAUCAAAGCAAGAAAGCCUGUGUUAAUAGAAGAUUUUGCAGUUAAGAAAGUGAGGAAUUAUUAUGUGCCAAAGCUUCGUAUUUCACAUCAAAUCAAUAAAAAAUAUAUUGCUAUUGGAAUGUAGGUAUCUGCACUGAUAUAACAGAUUGUUCCCAAAUUUCAAAUUCAACAUCUCAUAGAAUGUGUUCGGAUAAACUAUCAACUUGCACAUCCUUAACAACUUCUAGAACUGCUUAAUGUAUUGAAGCACCAUUAUUUUGCAACUAAAUUUAAGAAAAAAGUUAAUGCUUUAGAAAUUCAAAAUAUGAAUUGUGCCAAUGGAUUAAUGGUUAAUGCUGGUAAAAAAGAUGUUCUCUUGGUGGUAGGUAAAAGCCAGAGACCUAUAUUUCUUGUUAAAGAAAUCCAAGAUCCCCAUUUUGUGUGUUCAAUCAAUAAACUGGAAGAUGUGAAGAAUUUACAAAAUGUUAAUUUAUUCCGAACUUACGUUAAAAUGAAAGAAAUUGCGCUAAAUAUAGCUCCUUAUGUAGGAUUAAUGAAUAAUAUAAUACUUGUAUUAGAAAUACAAAAUGUACAUAAGCAACCACCUACUAUCAAUAUAAUUGCGAUUUAUUUCUUUUGCAUAGAAAAUGUCGAAGAAAAAAAUACAAUACUAGUUGUUAACCUUUGGCUUAAACCUGCUCCAAUUAUAAUAUUUAAAGAAAUUGCUUCUUAGAUUACGAAUAAAAGAAAUGUUACUGGAAAACAACUUCAAAUAAAUGUGUCAAUUUCUCAUGCUCAGAAAUUGAUCAAGAAGUUAAAACUCACUAAGAUUGCUAAUCUAUAUCCUCAAAUUGUACAAUUUCAAUUGUGAAUUUACAAUAUUCAUGUAUAGAUUUACUUAAAUGCAAUUAAUAUUUAUAUGAAUAUCAAUGUGUUAUUGAUUAAAAUAAUUAGGUAUGCAGUUGGAUUGAUGAUAAAUGUAUUCUAGACAAUUGCAAGAAUUCAGCAAAGAAUACUGUCUAUGAUAUUUAAUUAUGCGAAUAAUAUUAUGGAAGUAAUUGCACAAUUAAUGAGGAUAGAUCUGGUUGCAUUUUUAAAUAGAAAAUGUGCAAAUAUUAUAACUAGUUUUAAUGCUUAACCCCUGAUUAAAAAAACCUGUUUGGAGAAUCUUGUUUUUGGGAUUAGCUUAAUUAAAUAUGUUCAGAAACAAUUUGUGAUUCAGCUCCUUCUCAUUUUAAUUAAUUAAUUGAAUGCCAAUCUUAUAAUUAUAACUGUUAACCAUCUUAUUGUCGAUUAGCCAAAUGUUAGGAUUUUAAAUAUGAUAGAGAUAACAAAUGUUCCAUGACUCUUUCUAGAAAUUAAUGUACCAGUAAUGGCUUUAGAUGCAUUGAAAGAAAAUUAUGUGAAAAUGCAACUAAUAUUUAAGCUUGCACUUACUCUAUUGAUUAUCUGGAUUGUUAAUGGAUGGAAGAGGAAAAUCGAUGUGUGCUUAAAUCAUGUAUAUCAGCUCCUAUCUAUUAUUAAACACAUUUGGAUUGCCAAAAAUACUUUCAAGGAUGCACUGCUAAAGCAAAUGGUGGAUGUAUAACAAUUACCACAUGUAAUUCAAUUUAAACUUAGGAAGGAUGUUAAUAGGAUUAAUUUAAAGCGAAUUGUCUUUGGGAUGAUGGUGGAAAUUAAUGUAUAUAUUUGUAAUGUGAAACUCUGUGUGGAGAUGGUAUUGUUGGAGGAGAUGAAAAAUGCGAUGAUGGAAACAUUUAACCAUAUGAUGGAUGCUAUAAAUGUUAAAUUCAAUGUUAAUAUGGGUGUGAUAUUUGCACUUAGAAAAUGUGUUAAGAUUGCUCUGAUGGCUAUGAGUUGCAUCCUAAUGGGCUAUGCUAUGAAAUAUGUGGAGAUGGUAUUAUUAUUGGGCAGGAAGAGUGUGAAGAUAUGAAUGAUAUCCAACAGGAUGGCUGCUUUAACUGUCGAUUCUAAUGUUAGCAAUCAUGCAUUGUUUGUGCUUAAGGUAUAUGCUUAAUUUGCGAAUAUGGAUGGGAUUAAUACAAUAACUAAUGCAGAUCGGUUUGCGGGAAUGGUUAAAUAGUUCAAUAAUAUGAAUAAUGUGAUGAUGGUAACAAUGAUAAUUUUGAUGGUUGUGAUUCAAAUUGUUAGGUAGAAAAAGACUGGAUUUGUAAUUAAUCAGAUGUUACAGGACUGAGUGAAUGCAUUAAUCAAGUAGCUCCGAAAUUCUAACUAUAAAAUAUCUCUUAGAAAAAAGAUAAGGUAUAAAAUAUACUAUUUUCAUUUAACUAAGACAUCAAAUUGA